GAGAUGGAAUAAUCAGCCCCCAGUCCUAUUUCUAGUCUCACCAGUCCAGCUUUAGACCAAAAUUCUGUUGAAUUUAAAAAUGUUUAGAACAAAAACAUUGAAUUGAAUGGCGAGACUCACAAAAACUUGAAAUGUGAACACCAAACCGUUUAUUCAACAAAGGAAAGCAGCCUACUACUGUUCGUCUCCUUCCCUCCCUCCCUCCCUCCCUCUCCAGAUUCCAUUUACAUCUGCGGAGAGCUAGCUGCCAAACUUAGGGUUUGAGCUUCUACGCUUGUUCUUGCGAGAGGCGAACAACACGGGCUCCGGGCUGUACUCGGCCUUUUCGAGCACCCUUUUCGGGCCUCAGUAAUGGGUCCUUUCCCUCCUCUGAUGAAAUGGCGCCAUCUUCGUGAGCCGUUGAAGCUCUUGAUUUUCAUUCUUGUUCUGUUUUCAGCUCGAGACGACACCGUUUGCGCCUCUGAUUCGGACAAAUCGGCCCUAUUGGAGUUGAAGGCGUCGCUUUCGGACCCUUACGGAGUGCUGAGCAGCUGGAAUUCUCAAAGCCCGGAUCACUGCUCGUGGGCCGGGCUCUCCUGCGAUUCGGGCUCUCGGGUCGUGGCGUUGAACCUCACCGGUGGUGGAGGUAAUUCUCUGUCUUGUGCUAGAAUUGCUCAAUUCCCACUGUAUGGUUUUGGAAUUAGGAGGCCUUGUUUAGGGAAAGUUAAAAUCUUGGGUCAAUUGCCUGCUGCUGUUGCUAAGCUUAGUGAACUCAAGAUUUUGUCACUGCCUUUUAAUGAAUUGAGGGGUCAGAUUCCUGUGGAGAUUUGGGGGAUGGAAAAGCUCGAGGUUCUUGACCUAGAAGGGAACUUGAUUUCGGGCUCAUUGCCUAGCCAGUUCAGUGGGUUGAGGAGCUUGAGAGUUCUUAACUUAGGCUUCAAUGAGAUCAAUGGUGGGAUACCGAAUUCAUUGGCCAGUUGUGUGGGGCUUCAGGUUGUUAAUCUAGCUGGGAAUCAACUUAAUGGGUCGAUUCCACAGUUUAUUGGUGAGUUUAGGGAUUUGAGGGGGCUUUACUUUUCAUACAAUCUGCUAACUGGAUCGAUACCAAUUGAGAUAGGGGAGAAUUGUGGGAAGCUUGAGCAUUUAGAUCUUUCGGGGAACUACUUGACUGAUGGUAUUCCAAAAACGAUUGGGAACUGUCGGGGUUUGAAGACGCUGGUUCUGUACUCUAACCUGUUGGAGGAGGAGCUUCCGAGUGAGCUUGGUCAGUUGAGUGAGCUGGAAGUGUUGGACAUCUCGAGGAACAGUAUUAGUGGUGCUGUACCACCUGAGCUUAGUAACUGUACGAAGUUGUCUAUCCUUGUGUUGUCGAACGUAUGGGACCCUCUUCCGAAUAUUUCAAGUUUAGGAGGCGGUUAUUCACCAGAAAAGUUGGCAUAUACUAUUACUGAUGACUACAAUUUCUUUGAAGGUGCACUCCCGACAGGAAUCACUAGCCUCUCAAAUUUGAAGAUGCUUUGGGCUCCUAGAGCACUUCUGCGAGGAGAUUUCCCUGCUAAUUGGGGCUCCUGCAGUAAUUUGGAGUUGUUGAGUUUGGCUCAUAACCUUUUCACCGGGAAAAUCUCGGAGGGGCUUAGCAGCUGCAAGAAGCUGCAUUUUCUUGACCUGGGUUCGAACAGACUUAGUGGGGAGAUCAUCAACAAAAUUCCUGUUCCUUGUAUGACUCUCUUUGAUGUCAGUGGCAAUUCUCUGUCGGGUUCUAUCCCCAAAUUUGAGUACGAAGCUUGUGCUCCUCUUCAAUCCACGAGUGGGGAUUUUUUGAAUGCUGACGAUCCUUCAUUGGCAUAUAUGACAUAUUUUGGAUAUAGAAAUCAGAUUGAGACCACUUUGCCAUUUUAUAGAGAUGGUGCCAGUCCCAGUCUCGUGGUAAUGCAUAAUUUUGGUUCUAACAAACUCAGUGGCACCCUGCAGACGAUGCCUGUUGCAUCUGCGAGGUUAGGGAAACAAACGGUUUAUGCAUUUCUUGCUGGUGGAAACAACCUUACUGGAAGCUUUCUUGCAGCUUUCUCCGAGAAGUGUGAUCAGGCUGGAGGUAUAAUCGUAAAUGUCACAAGCAACGGGUUGUUUGGUCAAGUUCCAAUGAAUAUUGCCAAAUUGUGCAGAACACUGACAGUCUUGGAUGUUUCCCGUAAUCAAAUUGCUGGGAAUCUGCCACCCACCAUCGGAGACAUGGAUUCACUGCGCGUUCUUGAUAUAAGUCGGAAUCUGUUGCAAGGUCCGAUUCCCAGCAGCCUUGGUCAGAUAAAAGAUCUCAAAUUUCUUUCGUUGUCUGGAAAUAAGCUUGAUGGUUCCAUACCUGCAAGCUUGGGACAGCUGCACUCUCUGCAAGUUAUUGAUCUGUCUUCGAAUAUCCUAUCUAGUGGAAUUCCCGACGUUCUUGCAAAUCUGAGGAACUUGACGGUCUUUCUCCUCCACUAUAAUAAGCUAUCCGGGCAGAUCCCCCUCGGUUUGGCGAGUAUAACCACUCUAUCGGUGUUCAACGUGUCCUUCAAUGAUUUGUCGGGACCAUUGCCUCUGCUCAGUAAUGUGAUCAAAUGUGAGAGCUUUCUUGGGAACCCUUCUCUACAUUGUUCUCCCUCGCCUUCGACUGAUCAACGAGGGGACUCGACAAAUGAUGGUGUGGCUUCUUUACCAUCUCCCAGCCAAAAAGGAGGAAAGGGUUCCCUCCGUUCGGUUGAGAUUGCCUCUAUAACAUCUGCAUCGGCCAUUGUAUCGGUUCUGAUCGCCCUGGUUGUACUUUUCUUUUACACAAGGAAGUGCAAGCCGAGGUCCAGAGUGAGUGGAACUGUUCGGAAGGAAGUGAUCGUCUUCAAUGAUAUAGCAGUUCCUCUGACAUACGAGAACGUUGUUCGUGGCACGGGGGGUUUCAACGCGAACAACUGCAUCGGCAAUGGUGGAUUCGGGGCGACAUACAAAGCGGAGAUUGCUCCCGGUGUCCUAGUGGCCAUCAAACGGCUUGCCAUCGGGCGCUUCCAAGGCAUCCAACAAUUUGAUGCAGAGAUCAAAACCCUAGCCAGGCUUCGCCACCAGAACCUCGUCACGUUGAUAGGGUAUCACGCGAGCGAAACCGAGAUGUUUCUUAUAUACAACUAUCUGCCCGGCGGCAACCUAGAGAGGUUCAUUCAGGAGAGGUCCAGUAGAGCCGUUGAUUGGAGGAUACUGCACAAGAUCGCCCUCGACAUCUCGUACGCGCUCGCCUACCUACACGAUCAGUGCGUGCCCCGUGUCCUCCAUCGCGAUGUGAAGCCUAGCAACAUCUUGUUGGAUCAGGACUACAACGCGUACCUCUCCGAUUUCGGACUUGCUAGGCUUCUCGGAACGUCGGAGACUCACGCCACGACCGGCGUGGCCGGAACGUUCGGGUACGUGGCGCCGGAAUACGCCAUGACUUGCCGCGUCUCCGACAAGGCCGACGUCUACAGCUACGGGGUCGUGUUGCUCGAGUUGAUCUCCGACAAGAAAGCGCUGGAUCCGUCGUUCUCCUCCUACGGGAACGGAUUCAACAUUGUUGCUUGGGCGUGCAUGCUCUUGCGGCAAGGCCGCGCCAAGGAGCUGUUCACGGCCGGCUUGUGGGACGCGGGCCCGCACGACGAUCUGGUCGAAGUGCUGCACUUGGCCGUGGUGUGUACGGUGGAGACGCUGUCGAACCGGCCGACGAUGAAGCAGGUGGUGCGGCGGUUGAAACAGCUUCAACCGCCAUCUUGCUAGAGGCCAGGCCACCACCAUAUUUGUGGUGGCUGCAUUACAGGAUAUAAGUGUGAUGUUUAUUUUUUUUCACUUUUUUGAGGUGUUGUUAGUGUUGAAUUGUAAAUUGUAGAGUAGUCUUGCCCUCUCUUUUUUUUUUUUUAAAUGUUAUUUUCUAGUUGAGGCCCUGCAGAUGAAUCCAUAGAAUUCUGUUGCAGGUUGUAUGUAUUACUUGAAUCUCAUUUUUAUAUGUUCUCCAAAUAAGUAUAAAGAAGAAGGUUUUUGUUCCCA